UUCGACGCUGCCUCAGGAAAGACCCUUUUCGCCGGGUGUUUUUCUCGAGGGAAGCUGUGUGUUGUAACCGUAACUAAUCACCAUCUGACCUGUCCUUCAGCUGGCAACAUGACAUACUACAAGUUCAGCGGCUUCAGCCAGAGGUUGACAGGGUCGGCACCGGCCACCGCCUACAGCCCGCAGGGUCUGAGGCCUGGUUUGCCAGCAGAGCCUCCCACCAUGACGUUUGCUACACCCACCAAGAUGGUGUCAGAGUCAGGGGCCAUGAUGGAAUACCUAGGGGUGAACAAGGUGCCAGACUUCCAGAGACUGUUCCAGACGUCAGAUGGUAUUCCAGUUCAUCUGAAGAGAGGUGUCCCUGACAGACUGUUGUACCGCACCACCAUGGCUCUGACAGUAGGAGGCGCACUCUACUGCCUCGUGGCCCUCUACAUGGCUGCACAACCCAGGAAAACGACCUAAACCCAGUCCAGCCCUAUAUCCCAAGCCCAGCUCAGACCAGCCAAGUUCACCAGGGGUCUGUUCAGAAGGGGGGAAUGUUACAGAAGUGUUCUGAUUUAUUUGUAUAAUAUUCUGAAAGUUUCACCUCACUGAAUACACCCCUGGCUUGGCCUAGGAUCAACUAACCCGACUCACCCCUAUCACGUCAUCCACGGCUCUAAGACUGAAACUAUACAGAGAAAUUAUGAUGUUGAUGAUGAGGAGGAACAAAAAUAUUAACGUAAUUAUAUGAUGUAUGUCUGGCACAUUUGUAUAAAAAUAGUUGAUAAAUGUGAUAAAAGCAGUUAACUACCCAGUGA